GUGGGACAUCACUCACAAUCUUGACAAUUUGUGUCUUUGUACCUUCUCCACGACCCAAACAAGAACAUCACAGACAGACAAAACUCACAAUGGCAAGCGGAGCCGAUCAACUCUAUGCCCUCAAGUAUCCCUUCAAGGAUCCCAAGUUCAUCUUCUUUACCGACUUCGAUGGAACAAUUACCUUGAAGGAUAGCAAUGAUUACAUGACAGACAACAUAGGCUUCGGCGGAGAUCUCCGAAGACAAGGAAAUCGAGAUGUCCUCGAAGGCAAGGACACUUUCCGUGACUCCUUCCGCAAGAUGCUGGAUUCUGUCAAGAAGCCCUUUCCGGAAUGUAUCGACUACCUCGUAGAGAACAUCAAGCUUGACCCUGGCUUCAAGGAGUAUUUCGAGUGGUCUCUUGCUCAAGGCAUUCCCACUGUCGUUGUCUCAUCCGGCAUGGAGCCUAUCAUCCGGGCUAUCCUCAAGAAUUUGAUCGGGCCGGAUCACGAUAAGCUUGAUAUCGUUGCCAACGAUGUCGAGGCCAGAGAAGGCAUGAGCAUUGACCAAGAAGGCGGCUGGACGAUCAAAUAUCACGAUGAAUCCGGCUUCGGACAUGACAAGUCCCUGACCAUUCGGCCAUACGCCAACCUCCCAGCAAGCCAGCGCCCCACACUUUUCUACGCAGGCGACGGCGUCUCAGAUCUUUCUGCCGCUCGCGAGACCGACCUUCUCUUCGCAAAGAAGGGCCACGAUCUCAUCCGCUACUGUGCCCGGGAAAAUGUGCCAUUCACUGUCUUUGAGGACUGGACUGAUAUCCUCAAGGUGACGAAGCAGAUUGUCGCCGGGGAGAAGAGCGUGCAGGAUGCUGCCAAGGAGGGGUUUGAGGAUUUCAAGUCUGGCAACGCAGGGCUGGAGGCGAACGGACAUGCGAAGUAAGAACUGCAUAUGCAUAGCGUGAAAGAUGAUGAUGCAUGAGAAGGCGCAGGUCGCAGGGACGACGGUAUCUUGGCGACCCAAUGCAUGCUAAACGACUAGAUAUAGAACGCAUAGCCAGAGCUCAACGCUUCUGAGCGCAAGUAGACGACUUCCACAUGGAUGAGGCCUAGACUUCGGACAAGUACUUCCUUGAACUUUUCUU